GUUGCGGGUAGUCGGCGUGGGGCUGGGGGUUGGGUUGACUCAUCGCCGACCGAGGCCGCUCCGUCCCAUCGAUAAGAUGGCGGAUCCGAGGGACAAGGCGCUGCAGGAUUACAGGAAGAAACUGUUGGAGCACAAGGAGAUCGACGGCCGCCUGAAGGAGCUGAGAGAGCAACUGAAAGAACUGACCAAGCAGUACGAAAAGUCUGAAAAUGAUCUGAAAGCUCUACAGAGUGUGGGUCAGAUUGUUGGCGAAGUGCUGAAACAACUUACAGAAGAAAAAUUUAUUGUAAAGGCUACAAAUGGACCUCGAUAUGUUGUUGGGUGCCGUCGACAGCUUGAAAAAAACAAGUUGAAACCAGGAACUAGAGUUGCUUUGGACAUGACAACUUUAACUAUAAUGAGGUAUUUGCCAAGAGAAGUGGACCCCUUGGUGUACAACAUGUCUCAUGAAGAUCCAGGAAAUGUUACUUAUUCAGAGAUUGGUGGAUUAGCUGAACAGAUUCGAGAACUAAGAGAGGUUAUAGAGUUACCACUUACAAACCCAGAACUGUUCCAGCGGGUGGGAAUUAUUCCUCCAAAAGGAUGCCUACUUUAUGGACCACCAGGUACAGGCAAAACACUCUUAGCAAGAGCUGUUGCUAGUCAAUUAGACUGCAACUUCUUAAAGGUUGUUUCCAGCUCUAUCGUUGAUAAGUACAUAGGUGAAAGUGCUCGUUUAAUCAGAGAGAUGUUCAACUAUGCCAGAGAUCAUCAGCCAUGUAUCAUUUUUAUGGAUGAGAUAGAUGCAAUUGGUGGUCGCCGUUUCUCUGAAGGUACCUCAGCUGAUCGUGAGAUUCAACGGACACUUAUGGAGCUGUUGAAUCAGAUGGAUGGCUUUGAUACUCUUCACAGAGUUAAAAUGAUAAUGGCUACAAACAGACCAGACACAUUAGAUCCUGCUUUAUUGCGUCCCGGCAGACUAGAUAGGAAGAUCCAUAUUGAACUACCAAAUGAACAAGCAAGAUUGGAUAUUUUGAAGAUCCAUGCUGGACCUAUCACGAAACACGGUGAAAUAGACUAUGAAGCAGUUGUGAAGCUGUCAGAUGGAUUUAAUGGUGCUGAUUUGAGAAAUGUCUGCACUGAAGCAGGUAUGUUUGCUAUACGUGCUGACCGUGAUUACGUUAUCCAGGAAGACUUUAUGAAGGCUGUCCGAAAAGUUGCUGAUUCUAAAAAGCUAGAAUCCAAACUUGAUUAUAAACCUGUAUAAGUUAACCAGCCUCUUUUAACUGCGCUUGUACAGUUGUAAAGUGGUUUAAACAGCAUAUACACAUUAAAAGGGAGAGGAACCAGAUGGUGUAUACUGUAAUUCAUUACCAGUGUAUAAUAGAUGGUGCAUACAGGUGCCCACUGAUUUUGGUGUUGUGCUGCUCUAUGCGUAAUGAUCCAUUUUUAAGCCUUAAUUUGACUGUUGGCGCCAAUUUUCUCUUGACAUAUUUCUUGAAAAUAAGAUAGCGCUACUGAGACGUCUGUUUUAGUAUAAUGUAUUCCCUUGUACUGAUAUAAGGCAUUGCUCCACGUAAAGGUUUAUAGGUGAUUCAUUAAUUUUGCCCACAAAAUAAAAUUUAAAUUUACAAGAA